AGUCUCUCUGGGAAGAGAGAGGAGGGGGGCCCUGCCUCUAAAAUGAGUCUCUCUGGGGAGAGAGAGGAGGGGGGCCCUGCCUCUAAAAUGAGUCUCUCUGGGAAGAGAGAGGAGGGGGGCCCUGCCUCUAAAAUGAGUCUCUCUGGGGAGAGAGAGGAGGGGGGCCCUGACUCUAAAAUGAGUCUCUCUGGGAAGAGAGAGGAGGGGGGCCCUGCCUCUAAAAUGAGUCUCUCUGGGAAGAGAGAGGAGGGGGGCCCUGACUCUAAAAUGAGUCACUCUGGGGAACAUGACACCAAAGCUAAGAGACCAAUCAAGCAGGAGAGACCAGCCUCCCCUGUUCCCAGCUGUGUGUCCAUGAAGAGUGACUGGUCUAUGAGACAUCCUAUAAUGUUCAGAGAGGGAGACUUUUCUACUGAACAAAGUGUGGAACAUGGUGGAGAGAACAGAAUGAAACCUGGGCUUAGAACAUAUGUCUGUGAUCUCACACUGGACCCAAAAACAGUAUACAUGCGCCUCUCUCUGUCUGAGGAGAACAGAAAGGUGACACAUAUGGGAACGUGCCAGCUGUAUCCUGACCACCCAGAGAGAUUUAUGGAAUGUGGACAGGUGCUGUGUAGAGAGAGUCUGACUGGCCGCUGUUACUGGGAGGUAGAGUGGAGUGGGAGAGGAAAGGAACAGUGGAGUGGGAGAAGGGUUGAUAUAGGAGUGACAUAUAAAGGAAUCAGCAGGAGAGAAGGGGGUGAGGACUGUUGGCUUGGAUACAAUGACAAGUCUUGGAGUCUGCGCUGCUCUGACAACAGUUACUCUGCCUGGCACAAUAAUAAUUCCAUUACCAUAUAUGUCCCCUCCUCCAGCUCCCACAGAGUAGGAGUGUUUCUGGACUGGCCAGCCGGCACUCUGUCCUUCUAUACAGUCUCCUCUGACACAAUGACCCACCUGUACACAUUCACCUCCACAUUCACUGAGCCCCUCUAUCCAGGGUUUCAUCUUUGGGGUCAGAGCGCCUCAGCGUCCCUUUGUCAGGUGAAUCUGAGUAACAAUGACCUGAAGCAUUCAGGAGUGAAGCUGCUCUCUGCUGGACUGGGGAAUCUCCACUGUAAACUGGAGACUCUGAGUGUGGAACAUGGUGGAGAGAACAGAAUGAAACCUGGGCUUAGAACAUAUGUCUGUGAUCUCACACUGGACCCAAAAACAGUAUACAUGCGCCUCUCUCUGUCUGAGGAGAACAGAAAGGUGACACAUAUGGGAACGUGCCAGCUGUAUCCUGACCACCCAGAGAGAUUUAUGGAAUGUGGACAGGUGCUGUGUAGAGAGAGUCUGACUGGCCGCUGUUACUGGGAGGUAGAGUGGAGUGGGAGAGGAAAGGAACAGUGGAGUGGGAGAAGGGUUGAUAUAGGAGUGACAUAUAAAGGAAUCAGCAGGAGAGAAGGGGGUGAGGACUGUUGGCUUGGAUACAAUGACAAGUCUUGGAGUCUGCGCUGCUCUGACAACAGUUACUCUGCCUGGCACAAUAAUAAUUCCAUUACCAUAGACGUCCCCUCCUCCAGCUCCCACAGAGUAGGAGUGUUUCUGGACUGGUCAGCCGGCACUCUGUCCUUCUAUACAGUCUCCUCUGACACAAUGACCCACCUGAUCACAUUCACCUCCACAUUCACUGAGCCCCUCUAUCCAGGGUUUCAUCUUUGGGGUCAGAGCGCCUCAGCGUCCCUUUGUCAGGUGAAUCUGAGUAACAAUGACCUGAAGCAUUCAGGAGUGAAGCUGCUCUCUGCUGGACUGGGGAAUCUCCACUGUAAACUGGAGACUCUGAGACCAAUCAAGCAGGAGAGACCAGCCUCCCCUGUACCCAGCUGUGUGUCCAUGAAGAGUGACCAGUCUAUGGGUCAUCCUAUAAGGUUUAGAGAGGGAGACUUUUCUACUGAACAAAGGUAAGAAGAACUCAUGGGUCAUGGUCAGUGAGUUAAACAACACUGUCUCUAGUCAUUUCUCCUCUCCCAUUUUCCCAUUUCUUUUGGUUGUUUUCAUAAUCCAUAGGCUAAUUAUUUUGUCAAUUUUCAUAGUUC